CCGUCCACUAUGUCAGGUUUCCUAACCCUUGAAGAGUUUAAGCUUUGUGUCUUUCCGCGUGAGGACUCGUUAGUUUGCAAGUAGCAGCAUAACGGCCCAAUGCGCUUGCGCACUGUUAUUCUCUUCCUCGGGUUCAUUGCGUUUGCGCACUGACAAGCCGGAGGGUGGGGGUAGAGGAGUGGCGCCAUCGCGUUUGGCGAAAGGUGGUUGGUUGGAAUGUUAACUGCGGGUCUUUCUCUAUGAAGCCGGAAGCUCGAGGAGCAGUGGCGUGAUGUCGGUCGCUGCCCCGUGCGCUUUGUCGCGGAAAGGGCAGCUGCAGCCGCCGGUGAAGGCGAUGCGCAGGGGAAACCGGCAAAGCGGAGAGGGGGAGGAACAGCAGGAGGUGGAAGUGUGGGAUGGGGAAGUGACGUUCGGAGGCGAGCGGCGCAGGCGGGAGCCGCAGCAGCAACUGCUGCCACAGCCACCAGCGAUGGUGAUGGGCGGGAGAGAGGAGGAAGAGAAGCUGGAGAGGGAGCACUUCCGGAGAAUCAUCAACGCCUUCCGUUACUACGGAAUUAAUAUGCAUGAAAGAGUAAAUCGUGCAGAAAGACAGUUCAGAUCCCUUCCAGCCAGGCAGCAGAAAUUGCUUCCUCAGUUCCUUCCUCAUCUGGACAAGAUUCGGAAAUGUAUUGACCACAACCAAGGAAUCUUGCAGACAGUUGUGAAUGACUGCACACACAUGUUUGAAAAUAAAGAAUACGGUGAUGAUGAAAAUGGAAAGAUUACACCAGCUUCAACUUUUGACAUGGAUAAAUUAAAGUCCACUUUAAAACAAUUUGUAAGAGAUUGGAGUGAAACUGGGAAACCAGAGAGAGAUUCCUGCUAUCAGCCAAUCAUUAAUGAAAUUGUAAAGAACUUUCCAAAAGACAGAUGGGAUCUCUCCAAAGUUAAUAUCCUGGUACCUGGUGCUGGGCUAGGUAGAUUGGCCUGGGAAAUAGCUAUGCUUGGUUAUACUUGCCAAGGAAAUGAAUGGAGUCUCUUUAUGCUCUUUUCUUCUAAUUUUGUACUCAACAGAUGCUCUGAAACUAAUUCAUACAAACUAUAUCCCUGGAUUCAUCAGUUUAGCAAUAACAAGAGAUCUGCUGAUCAGAUACAGCCAGUUUAUUUCCCUGAUGUUGACCCUCACAGUCUUCCUCCUGAUGCAAACUUUUCUAUGACAGCAGGCGAUUUUCAAGAAAUCUACUCUGAGUGUAAUAUAUGGGAUUGCAUAGCAACCUGUUUCUUCAUAGACACAGCACAUAAUGUCAUAGAUUACAUUGACACAAUAUGGAAAAUACUGAAACCAGGAGGAAUAUGGAUCAAUUUAGGUCCUCUACUUUACCACUUUGAAAAUUUAGCAAAUGAAUUAUCUAUUGAGUUAAGCUAUGAAGACAUUAAAAGUGUUAUAUUACAAUAUGGAUUCCAUAUAGAGGUGGAGAAUGAAUCCGUUUUGACCACCUAUACUGUGAAUGAGCUAUCUAUGAUGAAAUACUACUAUGAAUGUGUGAUGUUUGUGGUUAGGAAACCAGGAAGCAGUGUCUGAAAUGGAUUAUACAAGGAGGAAAAUGCUGGCAUUUUUGCUAUUAAUGUUAGUACAGUGGCCUCUGGAGUGAUGACUGAACACAACCUCAUAUCAGUGGUGCCUUUUUAUUUAUCACAGAAUAUAACUCUAUUGUCUAUUUUUUUUAAUCUCCUAUAAUCUUUGCGUAUGUACUUCUGGAUAUCACCAUCUGGGUAAUGGAAUGUUUGUUGCAAAUAUUCCUGUGUCAUUUCUUUAAAUUCCAAAUAAUGUUUUUUCUGACAAGGGUAAUACUUUUUAAAUGCCAUCAUUGACAUUCAUAAUUCUCUGUAAUAUACAAAACUGUCUACUUUAACAUUUCCCUAAAAGAAUAUCUAAUGCCAUAUUGGAUAUACUAUUGAAUUUUUGUUCCACAUUGCACAGAAAACAAAUACAAAAAAAACCAACCUCAGCAUAUUUAAAUACUGUUUUGGUGACUUUUACUCCUCAUAGGAAUUUAAGGGUUUUUUUUCCAAAUCUGACAAACAGCAUCAUGUGAACUUUGCUAUCUGCUUAUCAAAGACUUGUAAAAAUGUAAACUUUAUAAAAAUGGCACAUGCAUGCUUUCGCAAGAACCUUUAACAUGAAACUGACUGUAAUUUAGAGCUGACGCUGCUAAUGAUCAAAUACAUUUUAAUUUUUUUAGAAUAAAUAAAAAUGAUACUACUUCUGGU